AAUUCUUCCUCCUUUCUUCGUGGUUGUUUUUCUGCGUCACCAUUUUGUCCUCUCAAUUUCCUUCUCCUUCUUCUCCAAAAACCCAAAUCACAUGAAACACGAAAACUCGAAAAAAGCGGGACUCACAUGACGUAGCACCGAGAGAGAGAGAUUUUAGAGAGAGAAACAGGAGAGAGAGAAGCUCAAGCUCUCUCUAAUUCGCUGAGCACAAAUCCCGAUGCACCCACCAUACAACCGGCUACCGAGUAGCGGACACAACAGCCCGUCGCCGCCGCAUUCGCCGCUCCGCUCUCCCCGCUACCGCCAAAACCGGUCGAAAGCGUCGGGCCGGUUCAACCACCCGCCGGGUCGGACCCUAAUCCAGCGCAUCGCCUGGCACCUCCUCUCCGUCCUCAUCCGCCGCCAGGGCUUCUUCCUCUUCGCUCCUCUCCUCUACAUCUCCGGCAUGCUCCUCUACAUGGGCUCCGGCUCCUUCCCCGACGACCGCCUCCCCAUCAUCCCCCGCCAUUUCGCUCCCGGCUCCCGCUACCGCAGCCCCCAGCUCUACUUCAAGCUCCGCCCCGAAAUGGACGCCGAUAACUCCUCCGCCGAUGCCAUUUCGACUGUCUGGAAGCAUUCGUACAGUUCGUAUAAGGGUGUGGAGUGGAGACCGUGUGUGAACACUUCCGGAGGAGUUUUACCUGAGGCAAAUGGCUAUAUAUAUGUUGAGGCAAAUGGUGGUCUAAAUCAGCAAAGGACUUCUAUAUGCAAUGCUGUUGCUGUUGCAGGAUAUCUCAAUGCAACACUUUUAAUUCCCAAUUUUCAUUUUCAUAGCAUCUGGAGAGAUCCAAGUAAAUUUGGUGACAUAUAUGAUGAAGAAUAUUUCGUCAGCUCGUUGGAAAAUGAUGUCCGAGUCGUCAACAGAAUUCCGGAGUACUUGAUGGAACGAUUCGAUCGCAAUAUGACCAACGUUUACAACUUCAGAAUUAAAGCAUGGUCACCAAUUUCAUAUUAUAAGGAUGCGGUUCUCCCAAGGCUACUUGAGGAAAAGGUUAUACGGAUUUCUCCUUUUGCCAAUAGGUUGUCGUUUGAUUCUCCUCCAGCUGUGCAACGACUUAGAUGCUUGGCUAAUUAUAAAGCUCUAAGGUUCUCAAGUCCCAUAUUGACGUUGGGAGAAACUUUAGUUGCAAGAAUGAAAGAACGCAGUGCAAAUUAUGGUGGCAAAUAUAUUUCUGUGCAUCUUCGGUUUGAAGAGGACAUGGUUGCCUUUUCUUGUUGUGAAUUUGAUGGUGGAGCACAAGAAAAGGUGGACAUGACGGAAGCAAGGGAAAGGGGUUGGAAAGGGAAAUUUAACAAACCUGGGAGGGUGAUACGUCCUGGAGCAAACAGAAUCAAUGGAAAAUGUCCCCUCACUCCUUUGGAGGUUGGCUUGAUGCUUAGGGGAAUGGGAUUUGAUAAGAACUCAUAUAUCUACUUGGCAUCUGGAAAGAUAUACGAUGCUGAGAGAACAAUGGCUCCAUUACUGGAAAUGUUUCCGAAUUUGAUAACUAAAGAGAUGAUUUCUACAGAUGAGGAGCUUGCUCCGUACAAGAAUUAUUCUUCCAGGAUGGCUGCAAUAGAUUACACUGUUUGUCUUCACAGUGAGGUAUUUGUAACAACUCAAGGAGGAAACUUUCCCCAUUUUCUGAUGGGACACAGAAGAUACUUGUAUGGUGGACACUCCAAGACUAUUAGGCCUGACAAGCGGAAGUUAGCAUUACUAUUUGAUAAUCCAAAAAUCGGAUGGAAGGCUUUCAAGCGUCAAUUGCUUAGUAUGCGGUCUCAUAGCGAUUCAAAGGGGUUUGAGCUUAAGAGGCCAAAUGACUCUAUAUAUACCUUUCCAUGCCCGGAUUGCAUGUGCCGAACAAACAAGUCAGAGGAUUCAAAACCGUCAUUAGCUACGUGAUUUGGCAUGAUGUUGGGUGGGUGUAACCUGCACCUGUUAUUUUGUGAGCACACCUUGCUGGUGACCCCUCUUUUUUGUGUGGGUAUUCUUUCAUUUUUUCCCCCUCUCGGCUAUACGUGGAGAGGGCAUACACUCAAGUUUUGAGAACUACAAGGAAUUUGUUGGGGUCUGAAAUAUAUUCUUAAUUUCCCGGGGAUUGGACCGGAGGAGUUUGCAUAUCUUGUAUAUGUGCCUGAAGAGAACAUAGCGGCAACAGUGACAACAAGCCUUCCAUCAUAGCAGUUCUCGGGUGUUGACUGAGUGUUUUGUAUUUGCAGCUGCUAUAUUUAAGAAGCUGUGAAAAUGACAAUCACUUUCCUUAACACCCUGGUUUUUGUAAUGUUUGUAGACUAGUUAGAGCUUGACUGGCAUGGGCAAAUAGGUUCAGGUUGAUUUUGUGUACAUUUCUCUACAAUCAGGGUAUUCUUUCUCUUCUUUGGGGUUUUGAUGAUGUAACUUUUCUUCCGCUUAGAGGUUAGUCAGGUUACUCUUACAGGCGUUAUCAGUUAUCACAUCAAUGGGUACAUACAUGAAUUUUUUGUGAAUGAAACCUUUCUGGAUUGCAUUG